UGAUGAGGCAGGGUCUAGAGCGAGGCAGGCAGUUAUUUUCCCACUGUGUUCUCCUGAAACAUGUUAAAAUAGAACCUUAGCUAUUAACUUGAACCCUCGGCCUUCCAUUCCCUGCAGCAUUUUCUCUCUCUGACCCAUGCACUCUCCCCUUAACAAGGUUCCCUUUAGGACCAGAGAGAACUUAAACUUGCAGUUAGUUCUUCUUUCUAGCUAUUCUCUUUGCUCUUGGGGAGGAACUGCUUUCAAAGUAGAUGCGAGUCUCUCCCCCAACAGAGUCUUCCUGGAACAUAGAAUCAAGUGAUUUAGGCACACCUGGAUGGAGAAAGCUAGGGCCUGGCCACCAUGAAACUCCACAUUUCCAGCACCCUCACCUCUUCCCACCUGGGAAAUCCUCCAGAUCGCCAGGGAUUCCUCUACAAGAAGAGCAAUCGCAGUGCCUCCUACCAGCCUUAUUGGUGUGAGCUCCGAGGCAACCUCCUCUUCUACCGGGAGCGAUAUGGAGACCGAGACUCACGCCUAAUCGUCCUGGAGGGCUGCACAGUGGAGCUGCAGGAAUCCGCCUCUGAGCCAUACACCUUUGAAAUUUCCUACCCUUGUGGGUUACCUGGUAGUCGAGCCUACAAGAUGGCCGCUGAGAAUCAAGCAACCAUGGAGGGUUGGGUGCGGGCUCUCAGUACAGCAAGGUUUGCGUAUCUUCGGGCCUUAACUUCUGAACUGGAAGACCAGUUUCAGGAUCUGAAGAGCCAGCAGCUUCCCAAGCUGGAGGGACAUGUGGGAUGCUCAACAGCAGCCUUCAAACGACCGCCUCCAAAGCUGGUGGCAGAAAUGGGCUCCCCAACCAUGGAUUUCACACAGCUCCAUCAGAAAUUUGGAGAGGAAAUUGUUAGGGUGAGACUUUUGUGGCAAGACGAGAAGGCAGGCAAGAAUCAACUUGAGGGAGACAAGCAACCUGAGGAAGAUAACUUGAUAAAUUUGUAGCAGGGAAAUAGAUGAGGCCAUAUAUUUGACCUCAACCAGUGAGGUUUGGGAGUGUUAAGAGCAGAGUUCCCUCUAACAGUGAUUCCUAGCUGUUAACUCCCAGAAUCCCCAAGCAAAAGCCAUUGCAGGUGGGGAUUCUGGGAGUUGUAGUCAACCACAUCUGGGAAUCCCUGUUAGAGGGAACACUGGAUAAGAAUCUGUCUGAUGUUUCGGACAGAAGAGGCAUAUAGACCGCUGGGUAGGCCUUCCUGCAGUACUGUAGCUUGUGAACAUCUGUGCAAUGGAAACAUUAUGACAUUUUUCAAAGCUGUGAAGAUUUUUUAAAAAUGCAUUCUUAAAAUAAAAAUCCCGUGAGCAGUGGAAA